UGAAUCUACGCAUAAUCGGCCUUGAUAAAAAGUACUCUGAGAGUCUACGAGCUCGCCAGACCCGAAACAAGCAAUGACAACGACAGAAGACGACGACGACGAGGGAUUCGGGGAAUUCACGUUCGCGCCAAUCACCGUCCAUUCAAAUCCCAAAACCGGCGGUUCCGAUCUUCAAGAUAAAGUUGAUGACGAUUGGGGCGAUUUUGUUACACCCGCUUCGUUCUCCCGCUGCGAAACGCUCCCUGUAAAAUCACUGGAUCCGAUUCAUUUGUCCGUAGAUCGCCGAGCUGAUAGCUUGAUAAAUGAUGUGGCGCAGCCUGACUUGGUCCCGAGUCGGAAUCGGGUUCAGUGGGAGAAAACCAGGGGCACGUUGCCGUUAUCGUUGUUUGGAGAGGAAGAGAAGGAGGAUGAAUCAAGUGAGCCGGGUUUAUUAUUUAAUGGUGCAACCGAGUUGAAAAAAACCGAGAAAAAGGUGGGAUCGGAGUUAAAUAUGAGCGAUCUGAUUGCGAAUUUAUGUGCUGGGAGCGAGCCAAGCAUGGUGGUAAGUGGUACGGGUUUGAAUUUGGAAUCAAAUGGAUUGGGUUUGAAGAGAAGUGCAUCGAAUUUGGAUUCAAACGGUUCAGGUUUAAAAUUGGAAAAUUGGGAUUCUUAUGGGUUGAAAUCGGAAUCAAAGUUAGCUCGUAUUUUAAAUGUCAUUAACGAUGAUAUAGAUUUUGGACAAUGUACAUAGUGAAAGCUUCCACGUAUUUGUUAAGUGAGUCAAAGUUACCACCAAUUUGUCCUGCUUUAGAGACAGCAUUUUCCUUACACAAUGAUAUUCAGGUUUGACUCAUUUGUUUUGCUGUGUGUGUUUCUUAAAACUCUGUGACUGGAUCUUUGGCAAUUCAGUUGUUUGUGUUUGAGACCCAACAUAUAGAAAAUUCACAUUAAUGAAAAUCUGUGUGCUAUCUAAAUUUCAUCUUACUUUCAAAUUGGUCAACCUAUUUCUUUUGGCAAGUUUGUGCGUCAUGGACAGGUUAAAAGUUUGCUUGCACAUGCUUUUAUUAAAUAAUAAUUUUCUCAUGUUCUAAUGUGAGUUUUACUUGCUCACGGAAAAGACACCAAGGCGGAGAGCCACAGGGGAUCAAUAUUUGGGGAUACUUAACUAGAAACUGAUGACUCCUCAGUUCAUCAAGAUGUUUCUGAUUACAAUCUAGCUUCCUCCAGGACAGAUGACAUUAAGAAGAGUCUGGGGUCGAGUGUAUCUAUCAGUGAUCUCAUAAAAAGUUUGUACAAUCAAGCUGAGCAGAAAGCUCCUCUUAACCAUUCACAAAAUCCAAGUGAAAAUGGUCUUCAUUCUGUAAUGGAACCUGUGGAUUCUGAUUUAGUAGAUGGUGAUGGUGAUUUCAAUGAUGACUCUUGGGAAUUUAUAGGUGCUGUUUCCAGGAAAUUAGAUGAACAGAUCUCGGUUCCCAGUCUUGAGGAUCCACAUGUGAAACACAAUGCCAAGAUAUGAAAAUGGUGGUGUGGAAUGGUGAGCACUAUUUCCUACCUCUUGCAAAUUUGUGGGCAAAUCUUGUAACGACUAAUUCUCCAAACUUACUCUGCCUGCAUGCUCGCUAAUAAGGAUACCAAUGGAAGUUGAAAUUUUCUAUCGAGGAAUUCUGCAGCCUGAGUUGUCAAUUGAAUCCCAGUUGGAUAAUAAAGCUUCAGGGCGUCAGUCACAGACAAAGGACUGUGCUCUGGUAGAAAAAGCCACAAUAGUGUCUGGUUGAUCAAACAAAUUCUCGGAUCCGAUAUUGCAUUACUUAAAUUGAUUGCCAUUCUUCUAGUGGAAGCUGUAGCAUAGCAAUUCAAUGUAGAAAAAGGCUGUAUCAAAAACAGAAACUUUGUGUAAAAAACAGAUUGGAAUGUCAUUUUUACUGUUCCGUAAUGGUGACUGGUGAGUUAGAGUGUCAUAUCUCAUAGAAAAAAUAAUAAUAAUAAGUUGGAUGAUUUUUGGUUGUCAAA